AUGGUGAAACUGGGGAGCAAUUUGAAUGAUAAGAACAAGCAGCAGCCGUCCAGUGAGGAUGGUUUUCAGACGGUUCCCUUGAUAACACCCUUGGAAGUAAAUCAUUUGCAGUUCCCAGCUCCGGAAAAGGUGAUUGUGAAAACAAGAACAGAAUAUCAGCCAGACCAGAAGAACAAAGGAAAACUCAGAGUGCCCAAAAUUGCUGAAUUCACAGUCAGUUUCACUGAUGGUGUAACAGAAAGAUUAAAGGUCACUAUUCUCAUAAGUUUGGCUCUUGCGUUUCUUGCCUGCAUAGUAUUUCUUGUGGUAUACAAAGCUUUUACCUACGACCACAGUUGCCCAGAUGGAUUUGUUUAUAAGCAUAAGCGGUGCAUCCCAGCCUCCCUGGAUGCUUACUAUUCUGCUCAGGAUUCCAACUCCAGGGGCAGAUUCUACACUGUCAUCAGCCAUUAUAGCAUGGCCAAGCAAACCAGCUCACGGUCCGUAUCUCCUUGGCUUUCUUCAGGAUCAGUAAAUCAUGAAGCCAAGGCCACCAAGACAGAAGGCCAUUAAAGCCAGUUGGUGUCCUAGGGAUGGAGGGGAAUGGGGAAAACAACAUCAUGUCUCUAAAGCAUUGCUCUAGUUCAGCGAGAACACCGUGCAAUGAGUGCAACAAGAAUAAACCAACUCUUAAGUGCAGGUGUCAUCCUAAUGGAUCUCUCUCUCUCUCUCUCCCCCCCUUCCUACUUUGGUGCAUUGUUCUCAUUGAUUUGUAACUACAUCAGAAUCUUGUACAAAGGCAUGUUAGGUGUUGACUAUAUCUUACAAUGUACAAAUAUUUUUAAAAUCAUUGCUUAAUAUUUGUUAGAAAAAUACAAAAAAAUAAAAAACAUACACAAACAAAAACAAGUUAUAAAAAAGUGGAAGAAAUUGCAAACAGAAUUUCUCAGGUCUUACUUGUCUGAGAAAAUAGAGCCCCCCCCCAAGGGAAAACAACAACUCAAUAUUGUGGGAUUUGUUUGUCAGAAUGAAAGGGAAACUCAUAUUG